UCCUCCUCGCGGUGGUCAUUUUCACCUCUCAGGUCUUUGUUCACAGACUUCCAGGCUUCAGGGCGCUGGUCGUGAGGAGGAGGAGGUCUGGGAGGCAGCGCGCCUGCCGUGCGGGGUGUGUCUGAGGCUCCUUGAGCCCCAACAGCCCGAGAUUGGGGUCCCCGUGCCCCCCGGACUCCUCCCUGCUCACAGCGUCCCGCAGCCGGACCCCAUUUCACCCUCCAGCCUUGGGGACCGGCCUCUCAGGUCCCGCCGCCCAGGUCCCAGCGCUCAGAAUGGUUAUGAACUUUGAGGAUGUGGCCAUUGUAUUCUCUCAGGAGGAAUGGGUGCUCCUUGAUGAGGUUCAGAGAAUUCUGUACUGCGAUGUGAUGCUGGAAAUAUUUUCACUUGUGUCAUCUGUAGGUUGUUGGCAUAAAAUCGAUUGUGAUGAGGCCUGUUCUGUAUCUAUACAAGGAGAGUCACAGGUCAGGGCUUCUAAGACAGCUCCAAGCACCCAGAAGAUCCCUCUGUGUAAGCGGUGUUUCUCUGUGUUAAAAGGUAUUUUGCACCCGACUGGUUCACAUGCAGCAUAUUUUGAGCAGAAAGCCUUCUGUAGUGACACACGUGUUGGAGACUUCUGUUUUAGUGCAAACUCUCACGAGCAACAGAGGAAUGAAUGUGGAGACGAGCCCUGGAAAGAAGCUAUGGACAGGGCUUCCUUUGUGAGCAGGUCCAGCUUCUACUUAUCUUCGGUGCCUUCCGCCAGCAGGGAGGUUGGGGAAGUCUUGCAAUACAACUCAGAGCUUCCCAAGCACCAGGCCACUCUCAACACUGAGGAGCUACACUGUGGCAGUGAGAUUUCACAGGAAUUUCUUGAUGGAAAAAGUCAUCACCAUUGGGAUGAAUGUAAAGAUGCUGCCAGCCACAACCUGAAAGUUGUUCAAUGUCACGGUGACUGUUCUGGAGACCUGAUUUAUGAGUGUCACAAAUGUAGGAAAGUUUUUAGACAAAUCUUGAACCUAAUUCGACAUAAGAGAGUUCACACUGAAGAAAAGCUGUAUGAGUGUAGAAAAUGUGCGAAGUCCUUUUGUCAAAGGGCUCGCCUCACUGACCACUUUAGAGUUCACACUGGAGAGAAGCCAUAUGAUUGUAGAGAAUGUGGGAUGUCCUUUCGUGAUAGGUCUAAGCUCACUGUACACCUCCGAGUUCACACUGGAGAGAAGCCAUAUGAGAGUACUGAAUGUGGGAAGUCUUUUAGCCAAAAAUCCAGCCUUCUUAAGCACCUGACAGUUCACAGUGGCAGCAAGCGAUAUGAGUGCUGUCAUUGUGGAAAAUCCAACAGUAAUAAGUAUAACCUCAGACAACACCAGAGAGUUCACACUGGAGAAAAGCCCUAUAAGUGUAGAGAAUGUGAGAAGACGUUUAGCCUCAAAUAUCACCUUAUUAGACACCUGAGAGUUCACAGUGGCAACAAACCGUAUGAGUGCUGUGAUUGUGGGAAGUCCUUCAAAUAUAAGUCUACCCUUAAAAAACACCAGACAGUUCACACUGGAGAAAAGCCCUGUAGGUGUAAAGAAUGUGGGAAGUCCUUUCGUCUAAUAUCUCACCUCACUGCACACCUCCAAGUUCACACUGGGGAGAAGCCAUACGAGUGUAGAGAAUGUGGGAUGUCCUUUCGUCAAAGGUCUAAACUCAGUAUACACCUCCGAGUUCACUCUGGAGAGAAGCCAUAUGGGUGUACUGACUGUGGGAAGUCUUUUAGCCAAAAAUCCAGCCUUGAUAAGCACCUGAGAGUUCACAGUGGCAACAAGCAAUAUGAGUGCUGUGAUUGCGGAAAAUCCUUCAGUGAUAAGUCUUACCUCAAACAACACCAGAGAGUUCAUACUGAAGAUAAGCCUUAUGAGUGUACUGUAUGUGGGAAGUCUUUUAGGCAAAAAUCCAGCCUUACUAAGCACCUGAGAGUUCACAGUGGCGACAAGCCAUAUGAGUGCUGUGAUUGUGGAAAAUCCUUCAGUGAUAAGUCUUAUCUCAGACUACACCAGAGAGUUCAUACUGGAGAGAAGCCAUAUGAGUGUACUGAAUGUGGUAAGUCUUUUGGCCAAAAAUCCGGCCUUACUAAGCACCUGACAGUUCACAGUGGCGGCAAGCAAUAUGAGUGCUGUCAUUGUGGAAUAUCCUGCAGUAAUAAGUAUAACCUCAAACGACACCAGAGAGUUCACACUUGAGAAAAGCCGUAUGAGUGUACUGAAUGUGGAAAGGCUUUUAGCCUAACAUCUCACCUUUUUAGACACCUGAGAGUUCACAGUGGCAACAAGCCAUAUGAGUGCUGUGAUUGUGGGAAGUCCUUCAAUGGUAAGUACUCAACACCAGAGAGUUCACACUGGAGAAAACCCCUGUAAAUGUAAAGAAUGUGGGAUGUCCUUUCAUCUAAUAUCUCACCUCACUGCACACCUCAUGGUUCACCCUGGAGAGAAGCCAUAGCAGUGUACUGAAUGUGGGAAAACUUUUAAUCACAAAUCUAGCAUUAUUAGACACAUGAGAGAUCACACUGGAGAGAAGUGUUAAAUGUGCAGCAAAUGUUUUACUUUUCUCAGUAUAAGAACACUGAAGGCGACUCUUUGGGACCUGUUUUUCUGAAUUUAAACCCCUUUUAAUGGAACAUGUACUCUGAUAUAUUCCUCAUAAGUUUCAGGUACAAGUGAGGAUUGAAGGAUCUGCAUUUGUAUUUGCUAACAUGCCCAGACCUACUACCCAAUUGAUGUCACAGUGAGUAUUUGUGGCCGAAGAGAUUUCAUCUCUACCACCUGGUUCACCUGAAGAGCGUACAUCAGUCACAAACCCUGUGUGCUCACGGGAAAUGUAUUCUGUGUUCUUAUUUGUGCUUGAGAAAAUUGUGAUUACUUCAAGUUCUUGACAGGAUCUUCAUUCCUUUCUCUCUGACUAGGGAAUGGUUCUGACCUAGGGUUUCUACAGAGCACCCAUCCUAAGCUAAGGAGUGCUACCACUUUCAGGGACAUUGUGGGUCUCACAUUAUGUUUUUAUGAAUUGUUUUACUUUCUAAUUCACCAGCCUGCAAAUUGCUUACUGUCCUCUGUUCUGGUUUAUGAUCUUUAGUAAAGAUGUUUUUUUAUUUCAUUGCUUUAUUUUUUUUUAAAUUUCACUCUCUGGAUGAUUUGAUACAAAAGUUGUGAUCUAUCAUCAUGGUGAGAUGAACAGAUAUGGUGGGGUCCCCCAAAUUUUCUGUGCUUUGGAAAGCAUAUACUGUAAUAAUGUCAGAAAAAUCACUCUUUGUCCAAUAAUGGCUUAUUUUAUACCACUCACCAAGGCAAUGAAAUAAAGUUUAAAUAACUUUGUGGUUCCAAUUUG